AAAAAAGAAAAAGAAAAAGAAAAAAACUCUGAGACUCACAGGAGAGAGAGAGAGAGUGUGUGUGUGUGUGAGAGAGAGAGAGAGAGAGAGAGAGGAAGAAGAUGGAUAUGGUUCAUUGGUGAGUGACAGAAAAAGGGUACGUGUUUUCUUGGGUGUUGGAUUGGUUCUUUUUUUUUUUUUUUUCUUUUUCUCUUUUGGGAGAGAUGUCAGGUGGCGGUUGUAGCAUAGUUUGGUUCAGAAGAGAUCUCAGGAUUGAAGAUAACCCAGCUCUUACCGCCGCCGUCAGGGCCGGUGCCGUCGUCGUCGUCUUCAUCUGGGCUCCUGAAGAAGAGGGUCACUAUUAUCCCGGUAGAGUUUCCCGAUGGUGGCUCAAACAAAGCUUAGCUCAUCUUGAUUCCUCUCUUAGAAGCCUUGGUACUUAUCUUCUCACUAAGAGAUCCACCAACACCAUUUCUGCUUUGCUUGACGUCUUUAAAGCCACCGGUGCUUCUCACCUCUUCUUCAAUCACUUAUACGAUCCUUUGUCGCUCAUUCGGGAUCAUCGAGUGAAGGAGGUUUUAUCUGCCCAAGGGAUACGUGUGAGGUCUUACAAUGCAGAUUUACUGUACGAACCGUGGGAUGUUAAGGAUGCCAAUGGCAAUCCGUUUACUACCUUUGCUGGUUUCUGGGAGAGAUGUCUUAGUAUGCCUUGUGAUCCAGAGGCACCACUACUACCACCUAAGAGAAUAAUUUCAGGUGAUGCAUCCAGGUGUCCAUGUGAUACGCUGGUAUUUGAAGAUGAAUCAGAGAAGGGAAGUAAUGCGCUUCUCGCUCGAGCAUGGUCUCCUGGAUGGAGCAACGCAGAUAAAGCUUUGACCACAUUCAUCAAUGGACCAUUACUUGAAUACUCAAAAAAUCGUAGGAAGGCAGAUAGUGCAACCACCUCAUUUCUGUCUCCCCACUUGCAUUUCGGAGAGGUAAGUGUGAGAAAAGUAUUCCAUCUUGUUCGAAUGAAACAGGUUUUAUGGGCCAAUGAAGGAAACAAAGCUGGCGAAGAGAGUGUCAACUUGUUUCUCAAGUCUAUUGGGCUUAGAGAAUAUUCCAGAUACAUGAGUUUCAACCAUCCGUACAGUCAUGAAAGACCUCUUCUUGGGCAUCUUAAAUUCUUCCCCUGGGUUGUGGAUGAAGGCUAUUUUAAGGCAUGGAGGCAAGGAAGGACUGGUUAUCCAUUAGUGGAUGCUGGUAUGAGGGAAUUAUGGGCUACGGGAUGGCUGCAUGACCGGAUCCGAGUUGUCGUUUCUAGUUUCUUUGUGAAGGUUCUGCAGCUUCCCUGGAGAUGGGGAAUGAAAUAUUUCUGGGAUACUCUCUUGGAUGCAGAUCUAGAGAGUGAUGCGCUUGGGUGGCAGUACAUAUCUGGAACACUUCCCGAUAGUCGCGAAUUUGAUCGCAUUGACAAUCCACAGCUGGAGGGUUAUAAAUUCGACCCAAAUGGAGAAUAUGUCCGGAGAUGGCUUCCUGAACUUUCUAGAUUACCCACUGAAUGGAUUCAUCACCCAUGGAAUGCACCAGAAUCUGUGCUCCAAGCUGCUGGGGUUGAGCUUGGAUCAAACUACCCUCUUCCCAUCGUAGGACUGGAUGCGGCCAAAGCUAGGUUGGAAGAAGCGCUGUCGGAGAUGUGGCAACAAGAAGCGGCUUCAAGGGCUGCCAUAGAGAAUGGAACUGAAGAGGGACUCGGGGACUCUUCUGAAUCGAUCCCAAUUGCAUUUCCUCAAGACAUUGCAAUGGAUGAGGAAGACAUUGAGCCUGCAAGGAUGAACGCUCAUACAGUUCGGUGCUACGAGGAUCAGAUGGUCCCAAGCAUGACUAGUUCGGUGAGAUUAGAAGAUGAAUCUUCUUUGAACAUUCAAAGUACAGCAGAAGAUGGUAGAGCAGAAGUACCUACAAAUGCAAAUCUACCCCAAGAGCCGGCCAGAGAUGCAGUUAACCCAAGAGCUAUGCCAACUGCUCCGACACAGACUCGACGCCCCUAUACCGCAGGUAUAGCCCUAAGAACUUCUGUUGAAGACUCCACUGCAGAGUCUUCUUCCAGUAGUGAUGUUAGAAGAGAGAGAGAUGGAGGUGUAGUUCCGGUUUGGUCUCCACCAAGUUCGAGUUACACGGAGCAGUUUGUGGUUGAUGAAAAUGGCAUCGGAACUAGCUCUUCGUUCUUGCAGGGGCAUCAACAGACUCAUCAAAUAAUCAAUUGGAGGCGGCUAUCUCAGACUGGGUAACAACUUGUGAAUCAUAUGUUGUAGAGGAGAUAAAAUGUUCAUAUUCUCUGGUGGCUAUAUCCCCACAAGAAGUAGUUGGUAGCUUGGACUUCUUUUUCCGUCUCGAAAUUCUUCUAGGGAAAAAUACGAACGAUUUGCUGCAUAAUCAUCAUCCUAUAAUAUGAAAAUUUUCAUGUUUGUUAAAGUUGUUUCUGUGUCUUUGGCAUGAUUCAAUGGGCUUUUCUUUAACAGGUGAGAGGCAAAUAUGGGAAAACUAGCAGACAGAGGAGGACAAUGCAAUUUCACUCAAUGCUAUUUUAUUAGGGGUGGUCAGGUCAGCCAGAUGGUGAACAAGCAACAAACUAACAUGUUCUUCUAUUUUCUCCACCAAUCUGACUUGACCAUUGGUCACUCUCAUGUGUAUGAAAUUCCUAACUGAUAGAUGCAGUUCAUCUGCUGAUGGUCAUCUCCCUCCUCGCUCUCUUGUGCUCUUUCCGUUAUUACGGUUGUAUCAUAAAGUCUUGCUAUGCUGUAUAGUGAAAGUUGUAAUUUGUGUAGUUGUAACACCAAGGGUAGAGAAUUGAAAUAGCGAUUGUCAGUCGUCUUCGAAUAAACUCAAGUUUGCGACUAGCCCGGAUUCUUGUAAGCUCAUGCUUAUGCUAUGGAAAUAUUUCUCUAUCUUGCUUGCCUUUAAA